AUGAGUGCAUCCAUCGUAACAAGUUGGGCAGAUUUAUGGGAUCAGCUUGACGCAUUAGCGUCACAUACCCAGAAAGGAAUUGAGCAUCUUGAAAAAUAUGGUUUAUUUUUGAAAGAACGUGCAGCAAUAGAAGAAGAAUAUGCAGCUAAACUUAGAGCACUGGUAAAGAAAAAUCUCGGCAAAAAAAAAGAUGACGAUGAAUCAACGCGUUCAUAUACUUAUACAAAUUGUUUUUAUUUAGUGCUUCAUGAAGUUGAGAGUUUGGCUGGACAACAUGAAUUAAUAGCUGAAGGAUUACGAAAAGAUAUUCAUCCAGCGAUAUUGACUAAAGGCGCUUCUUUACGUGCCACUAGGAAGGCUCAUUUAAAUGAGCUUAAUUCUGUACAUGGAUUGUUGAAUGCUUCUGUGGAUAACUUGAUAAAAUUCCAAAAAAGCUAUUGCAAAGCUUUUAAAGAGGCUGAACUAGCCCAUUUAAAAUAUGAUAAAGCAGAAAAAAAUAUGGAUUUGUCGAGAGCUGAACUUGAAAAAGCAAAAAAUAAUGCAAUACAACGUACGCAGUUUUGUGAAGAAGCGAAACAGAAUUAUGCUCAUGCACUACAAGCAGCAAAUCAACAACAGCACCAACAUUAUAAUCAGUUAUUGCCGCAGUUAUUGGAGCGUCUGAGGGCAAUGGAUGAAGAACGCAUUAGCGAGACAAAAUCAAUAAUGCUGCAAAGCGUUGAAGCGGAAACGAAAAUUAUGUCGAUUAUUCAGAGGUGCUAUAGUGAUAUGAUUGCAGCAGUUUCAAAAAUUACACCUUCGAAAGAUUCUGCCACUGUAGUUGAACAGUAUAGGUCUGGAUAUGCUCAUCCUCAGCCAUUUCCAUUUGAAGAUUUAGGUCCUCCUUCUGCUGUUGUAACUGGUGAAGGAACCAGUAAUAGUGAUACUAUCCGACGAUCAAUGAAAAAUGGUACUUCUCGCAUAAAUCGAAAGCCAAGUAUGGGCAUAUUUAAAGGCAAUAGUCAUAUGCGUAAGGAUGGAACUAUCGACUUUAGCUCGUAUCCUCCUCAACAAAGAUGUCGAAGAUUGCAACAAGAGAUUGAUAAUAUUGAAAAAGAAAUUGAAAAAAAUAAUCAGAGUCGUGAAGGUGCAGUAAAGAUGCUUCAGGUUUAUCGAGAUAAUCCUAAAUUAGGAAACGCGAAUGAUGUUGAUUCGGAAAUCAUUUUAUAUAAGAAAAAAAUCGAUGCCCUUUCAAGAACUCUUUCAAAAUAUAAGAAGAUGCUUGGUGAAGCACAAUCAGAAUUAAAUGUACCCAUAUCUGCUAUAGGAUCAGAGCCACCAGCAAGGCCACCCCCACCUUCUCAUUCUGGACUAAGUACACCUUCACAGGCUUCGCCACAACAGCCAUUUAAUUCUAAUACAGUCUUAAAUAAUCGUUCCUCAUAUUCUGAGGAGUCUGUAUCAUCUGAUGGAUCGGCUGCUCUUUGUGCUCGACAAAAGUCACCUCUUCAUGCGAUUAAAACUGCUCCAGUUGUUGAAAAAAGUGAAGUCUAUGAAGAAUGUGAUAUGCCAGCUUUGGGCACGUGCACAGCUUUAUAUAAUUUCGAUGGUGGUAGCGAAGGAACAAUGUCUAUGGAAGAGGGCGAUGAAAUGAUUUUAACAGAAAGAGAUGAAGGUGAUGGUUGGACUCGUGUUAGGCAUGUUGCAUCUGCUAGAGAAGGAUUUGUGCCGACAUCUUAUCUUCAUUGUAAGUGGUAUCCAAAUCAGUGA